AUGAGCUAUACGCUCACCACGUACUACCAAGUCCUUGGACUUCAUCUGGGGUGUACUAUAGAGGACCUUGAGAAGGCUUAUCAUAUAAUGACCCAUGAGCUUCACACUGAGAGCGAUUCGUCUGGCGUAAAAACCCACAAAUAUAUCAACCUUGCCUACAAUGCGGUUCUUAACCAUAUACAGGGGCUGAAACAGGACAGCAUUCAUUCAAGUAGGGGUGAGAGCCAGCCCACCCAAAGUUUUCCCAGCGGCAAGGCGCAUUGCUAUGUCAAACAGGUCCGAAGCGAGGCCACUAUUCAACCGCCGGGAAAGCCUGGCUCGGGCUUCCCCCGCCCCGAGGGCCCCUCAUUCGGAUUUCUUCACAACGCGGGAGGGCAGCCGGCAAUCUCGAGGUGGGGGCGAUUGCCGAAGGGGUCUCGCAAGGCAACUGGGACCUCACGGGGCUCCAAUCGGAGCACGUCAACGUCCUUUUCCGGGCGUAAUGGGGUGACCCCCGGGCGGGGCCCUGAGGCCGGGGUGGGGAAUUCCUCCACGGAUGCCACGUCCUCGCCCCACUCGAGCCUGGGGACGUCCGUUUACCUCACGGAGGUCCUGCGGGACGCGGACCGGCACUGGAAAGACGCCCACGGCCACCACGUCCCCCUCAGCGCCUAUGUCUUCGAGUCGCUGCCGGGGAUGCUCCCAACGAAGUGCUCCACAAAGGCCUCGGAGCCUGAGGAGGGGAUCACCCUGCCGUCAGAUCUGGAUUUUUUAAUGGAGGAGACGCCGGAGAAAGCUCGAGGGGUUCCCCUCGCGGAAGGGAGUCAAAGCCCGCGCGAGACAACAGUGGUGGGGGAAGAGAAGACAUCCGAAAUGGAUGGGGGUCACCCUUUGGCAGAGGGGUGUCAAACCCCGCGUGAGACGACGGUAGCGACGGUUAAGAUGUCGCCGCUGUUGUCCUCACCCCUCAACAUCUCUUCCGUUAUUAAAAGCUUCGGGACUAUAACCAGUAUAGAGGAGGUAAAAAGAGAGCCACGACCUGAAGAGGGUAAGGUGGAGUCUGUUCUGUUCAGCGGAAACUUUACCCUAAAGCCGCCGAAUGUGCCUACUAAUCCUGCGGGGAAUGAGUGCCUGGCUCCGGAUGCGGGCGACGUUAGGGCCGACGAUGUGGAUACAUCUAAAAAGCAGGAAGAGCUGAAUUCCCACCCGAAGGAACCGCUGCCGUCCCACACUUCGGUGAGUUCCCGUUCACCGAGUCCCACAAUGCAGGGCGUGGACGAAGCCUCGCAGAAGCGCUCCGAGUCCCAGUCGCCCCCCGCCCCUACGACGAGCCCUCCUUCUUGCAAGCAUCCGCAGGAUCCCAAUACAAACCAUAGUGAAAGACCUUUGCCUACGAGGCGGGUGCCCUUGACUUGCGAGGAUACCAGGAUGGAUUCUCUUAUUCAGGAGCGCCGCAUUCUGAAAAAGAUGCUUUUUUUAAGCCAGCACUGCCCGGAACCCGCGGACAUCGCGUUAAUGGACGACGUUGAUUUGUACGCUCUGCUGAGCAUGUUCGAGGAGACCACGCAGCGGCUGCGCUCGGUGUGGAAGGCGCGGAUGCAGCGGGGGGUGGAAUUCGGCCAGCAGUGCGUUCGCUGCAAGUCCCGUCCACGCCAGGGAAUGAGGGCCACCAGCAAGGUCAAUCUCCCUGGAGCGGGAAAGACGGGCGCGCACGAAGGUAUCCCGGACAACAUUGAACUCUGCAUGGAGGAAGUGCGGCUUGCGUGUGGUGACGAGCAUAUGUGCUGCAUGUGCAUCUCGUGUGCGCAGACCGCGACUCGGUGUCCUAUUUGUGGGGCGGAGCAGGUGCUCGAUAUCCCUGCUUAA